AUGGAUAAUCACACAUCUGAGUUCCUUCUCUUGGAAUUCUCAAAGAUUUGGAAGCUACAGGUUAUGUAUGCAACUUUAUUACUGACACUGUAUUUCAUGACAGUAACAGGGAACCUUCUCAUCAUCAUUGCUGUUGUUUCUGAUCACCACCUGCACACUCCCAUGUACUUCUUUGUGAUGAACUUAGCCAUGCAGGACAUUGGCUCAGUUUCAGUUAUUAUUCCCAAAGCUGUUUUCAAUUGCCUUAUGAAUACAAGGCAUAUUUCGUAUUCAGGGUGUGUUGCUCAAGUCCUCUUGUUUGUCUUUUUUCUGGGCUCUGAUGUUGCCCUCUUAACUGUCAUGGCCUAUGAUCGAUAUGUUGCCAUUUGCAAUCCUUUGCAAUAUGAAAUGAUAAUGAACAGGAAGGCUUGCUCCAUAAUGGUUGGCAUUGUGUGGAUUGCUUGUUUUCUCAGUGCUUCAUUACACAGUAUUGAAACAUUUACUACUCCUUUCUGCUCUAAUACUAUCAUUCAGUUCUAUUGUGAAAUCCCACAUUUACUGAAGAUUGCCUGCUCUGAUUCAUAUAUAAAUGAAAUUGGAGUUUUAGUUUUCAAUGCUAUGUUAGGAUUUGGAUGUUUCAUCUUCAUUGUUGUUACCUAUGUGAAGAUCUUCUCAGCUGUUCUGAGAAUUCCUUCUGUUCAAGGGAGGAAAAAGGCCUUCUCCACUUGCCUACCUCACCUCGUUGUUUUCACCAUAUUUUUGUUUACUGUUUCAUUUGCUUAUCUAAGACCCGCUUCUAACAGGCCAUCACAUCUUGAUUUUAUAAUUACAAUACUCUAUUCCAUCAUUCCACCCAUGCUGAAUCCAUUAAUCUACAGCAUGAGAAACAAAGACCUUAAAGCUGCUCUUUCAAAACUUCUGUGGUCAUUUCGUUUUGACAAAAUGGUGAACUGUAUAUCUACCUGUUUAUCUAUCUUAAUGGGAAAGAAAAAAAGGUGA